GCUGUCGCCUGCGGCGGCGGCGAGCGGCCGGGGACGCGGCGUGCGAGCGCCGGGGCCGGGGGCGCGGGGGGCCCGGGCGGCGACCCCGCCGGCGCGCCCCGAGGGAGCCCUUGCACGUGGAGGGGAGGAAACUUUGCGUGCCUGCGAGGCGGCCGCGGCGAGCUGGGCCGCGCAGCCGGGCCGGGAAAGGGAGCUCGGCGGCCGCUCCAGGGGCGCGUUCCCAGCCCGCCUCCCCGCGCACCCCACCCCUUCCCUCCGCCGCGCGCCGCGCCGCGGCCCCUGUCAGCAGCGGCCGGAUCCGCCCCGGCGCAGCAGGGCCCGACUCGCACCCACGACCCCGGGCCUCGGCGCUCCCUCCCGGCCUCGGAGAAGCCCCGGCCCUCCCCGCCCCCUCCCCGCCCGCCCCGAGGAAGCGACGCGGCCGGCCAGGACGCCCCGAGAAGGCCGGCCGCCCGCGGCCACGUCCCGGCCCGGCCCGGGCGCGCCGAGGAGCGGAGCCAGGGGCCGGCGCUCGCUCGGGCUCCCUCCCGGCCGCGCCGGCUGCAGCCUCGAGGGCCUACGCCUCUCCCGGCCGCAGCUCCCCGCGGCGCGCGGCCCCUUCCUCCCGCCCCUGCCGCGGGGAGCGAGCUCGCCCACCAGGUCCUCCCGGCCCGGCCCGAACAUGCUGGACGGCCUGAAGAUGGAGGAGAACUUCCAAAGCGCCAUCGAGACUUCGGCGUCCUUUUCCUCGCUGCUGGGCAGAGCGGUGAGCCCCAAGUCUGUCUGCGAGGGCUGUCAACGGGUCAUCUCGGACAGGUUUCUGCUGAGGCUCAACGACAGCUUCUGGCAUGAGCAGUGCGUGCAGUGCGCCUCCUGCAAAGAGCCCCUGGAGACCACCUGCUUCUACCGGGACAAGAAGCUCUACUGCAAGUAUGACUACGAGAAGCUGUUUGCGGUCAAAUGUGGGGGCUGCUUCGAGGCCAUUGCACCCAAUGAGUUCGUCAUGCGGGCCCAGAAGAGUGUGUACCACCUGAGCUGCUUCUGCUGCUGCGUCUGUGAGCGGCAGCUCCAGAAGGGCGACGAGUUUGUCCUGAAGGAGGGACAGUUGCUCUGCAAAGGGGACUAUGAGAAGGAGCGGGAGCUACUCAGCCUGGUGAGCCCAGCAGCGUCAGACUCAGGCAAAAGUGAUGAUGAAGAAAGUCUUUGCAAGUCAGCCAAUGGGGCAGGGAAAGGAGCUGCUGAAGAUGGCAAAGACCAUAAGCGUCCCAAACGUCCCAGAACCAUCUUGACAACCCAACAGAGGAGAGCAUUCAAGGCCUCAUUUGAAGUAUCCUCCAAGCCGUGCAGGAAGGUGAGGGAGACCCUGGCUGCAGAGACAGGGCUGAGUGUCCGUGUCGUCCAGGUGUGGUUCCAGAACCAGAGAGCUAAGAUGAAGAAGCUAGCCCGGAGGCAGCAGCAACAACAGGACCAGCAGAACACCCAGAGGCUGAGCUCCGCUCAGACAAAUGGCGGUGGGAAUGCUCCCAUGGAAGGGAUCAUGAACCCCUACACGGCUCUGCCCACCCCACAGCAGCUCCUGGCCAUCGAGCAGAGUGUCUACAGCUCAGACCCCUUCCGACAGGGCCUCACCCCACCCCAGAUGCCGGGAGACCACAUGCACCCGUAUGGUGCCGAGCCCCUCUUCCACGACCUGGAUAGUGACGACACCUCCCUCAGUAACCUGGGUGACUGUUUCCUAGCAACCUCAGAAGCCGGGCCCCUGCAGUCCCGGGUGGGAAACCCCAUCGACCACCUGUACUCCAUGCAGAAUUCUUACUUUACCUCUUGAGUCUUCCCCUCGAGUUCUGUGGCUGGGCUCCCACCGGAACAACCGUAUGACGUGAGGGGUCGGCCGACGUUAGGAUGGGGAGGCCAGGGGAGAGGUGGGUUGGGGAGGGAGUUUUGUCGGAUUGCUGUUGUAUAACGACCUGGUGUAGCUCGGCAUUUCCAAAGACUGAAUACAUAAUGGAUCGCAUAGUUUCAUGUUUCUGAUAAGUCUUAGCUUUAGGUAUGAAGAUGUGUUUAUCAUUAAGGACAGGGACUUUUAAUAUAGACAUUCUCAUGCAAACUAGGUACCUGGAGACUCCUAACAACUUCCUGCCAUUUUGGGGGAAGCUCUUGCCAAGAGGUGCAUAUGUCUACCCAUCCAUAUACCCAUAGACAGACAGACAGACAGAUAGAUGUGUGUGUGAGUGUGUAACCUUCCAUGCUUUAUCAUCAAAGUUUAUUCCUAAUUAUAACAGACACCAACUGUACAGCAAAAGUAACUUUAUUUUCAGUGUGAACUAUAUUUAAGGAAAUGCUUGAUGCACUUAAGUUAUAAAAUGAGAUAAUUUACUUUUAUAAACUUUAUUUUUAGUUCGAAGAGACUUGUCGGCAGGGCAGAGAGGACUGCAGCACCUGAGCCAAGAGCUUUGAGUGCUUGAGUGAAUUCUGUUUUCAAGAGUGUCAUCGAGGUCUGGAAAGCAGCUCCAGGUGGCUGACUGUACUCCUUCAUGGAUUCUUGCUCUCUUGGGGACUGAAUCACAGGGCUUGGGUGGGACAGAAAAAGCCUUGAGCGUGUUCUUAGAAAAGGUAAAGCCUAGACUCUUCAGCUUUCUUUUAAAUUCUGACGUGUAGUUGUGGGCAGCAAUAGGAAGGUCAGUUUUGCUCUUGAACUUCGGCAUCUGCAGGUGUGGGAUGAGGCUGACACUAUGUACCUACCUCACUGGGGGACGCCGAGGCUUCAUUCACCCCCAGGAUGCAUGAGCAGGGCUGAAACUAAUAGCCGAUAUUUGUUAAAAUACCAAACCAGUCACUUGGCUAAAGAGGCUAUGGGGGAGGGGGGGGGGCCGCACCCUGAGCCCUGAGGGCCACUCUGCCUGCCAGAGUCCCUUCUGCAAAGCCUCGGCUGGAGAGGCCAGCUCAGGGCAGCUCAGGGGGCCAGAGUCCUGCCAUGGGGAGGAGGCUGUCCCAAGGGGAUGGAGGAGGGCAUCGUGGUGUUAUAGACCAGGGGUUGACAAACUACGGCCCGCAGGCUGUGUUUUAUGGCCUGCCAGCUACGAAUGUUUUUUUACAUUUUUAAAGGGUUGUAAAAAAAAAAAAAAAAAAAAAAAAAGGACUAUGGGACAGAGUGUAUGUGGCCCCGAAAGCCUGAAGUAUUUA